AUGGUUGCAUACAAAGGAAAGUUCAAGCACCAAAAGAACCCAUACAGGGACCGUAAGGAGCACAAGUCUGAUGAAAUUAAAAAGUCCUUGACUCAUAGAGCUAGACUUAGAAAGAAUUAUUUCAAAUUAUUAGAAAAGGAAGGAAUACCAGAGACUAAAAGAGAAGAUAGACAAGAUUCCCACCAACAAGAAGGAGACAAUAGCGAAGACGAUGAGCAGGAUGAAAAUAGUUCAAAGUUACCUGCCCCUAAAUAUAGAGAACGUAAACCUUUGGAUAACAGCACAAAAAAGCCUAUGAACUUUGCUGAAAGAGCUAAAUUAGCAAAGGAAAGAAAAGAACAAAAUAGAAAAGAUAAAUUGCAGGCAAUAAAAGAACGCAGAGAACAAAUUUCGCUGAGAGUAAAGGAAAGAGAAUACAAAAAGGAACGUUUAACCAAGAGAACAAGAUCUGGUCAACCACUUAUGGGUCCAAGAAUUAACAAUUUAUUGGAUAAGAUAAAGAGUGACAUGUAA